UUAAAGCACGUGGCGUGAUGAAACGCGUUGCAGGUGACGGGCCUUGAGAAGCCCCGAUCCCUGCCUGAUCCCUGACUAACCACGUUGACUUCCCUCUUAUACUGGCCGCAUAAUACGCUUCCUAUAAUGCAGGCGCAGGCAAACCGUACCGAAGCCAAAACCAUAUCCUCCGCGCAGAGCCUUGCCGCUGUACAAACGCUGCUGAGGGCUGGUCUAGGCUGCAUUACCUUCAUGAGAGAUCUACUACCUCAAGAUAACUUCACAGAAAGUCAUUUCACAAGUACUGAUGAUUCUUGUAUGUCACAAACAUCGUCCAACUCUACGUUUUCGUCCCCGGCGAAAGAGAAGAAGAACGUCAACGGUUUCAAGAUCAUGACUAUGUCUCGAGGUUACACUGAUGAAGCUGACAGGAUUCUAAAUUACUUGGAGUACGGCAUAUUCGAUGCGCUGCAAAAACAGUACCUCAAAAGUUUCAUCUUUGCCUUAUAUCUCGAUAAUAAUGACCCAAACAAUAUCGUAGAAGCCUACACCUUCAAUUUCCAGUAUCACACAAUAAUUGGGACUGAUAUCGUCGUUCCGGUGAUGAGUCUGAAUGAUGAUAUGAGGCGUAUGUCUCUCAAAGGCAAAGAUCCUGUCGCGGAAGCAGCCAAAAGAGGUGCAAUCCCGACAUUGAGGGAUGUCAAACGGAGUGUCAAGACGCUUCUCAAGACACUGAUAACUUCCAUGACUCAAAUGGAUGUUCUUCCCAAACGUCGUUAUGCUACCUUCAAGGUAUUUUACACGGACGACACGCCUUCUGACUACGAGCCCCCGCACUUCAAAGCUGGCGAUUAUGAGAAAGACAAAUGGUAUUUUGCGACGCAUGAUAUGGAGGAAGUACCAGAUAACUGGAGCGUAGGCAAGGUUAAUGCGGGAUGGCAUGAGGUGGACGUUAGCGUCAGUUCCAUAGCGACAUAUCUACCUUCCUCCACGGAACACGAUAAUCAGCCUUUUGGCGGUACUGUUACUCGCUCUGUAGCGCUAGUGCCACCAAGUCUCACACCUGCUGGAGAGAUCGCGCUACGUGCAGAGGAGAUCAAGAAGCAGAUCGUCGAUGCAAACAGUAGGCGAGUUGUCUGGGCCGCCGAAGAUGAAACGAAAGAGGAGACGGAUACUAGUGGUGUCGGUGGUAAAGGUCCCGAUAUCGUUCGAAAACCAAUCGGUAUCAAAAAUGAUAACGGAGAAAUACGAUGCCUAGUAAAUGCUGAAGAAACUUUCGAGGAACGACAUUACUAUGGACCAUCGCCGAUUGCACCCCUAGGACUCAAGGAUAUCCAGCGACCUAUCAACUCUACGCCGACAUCUGACUUUCCACAGACCCAACUGGUAAAUGAUUCUGACGUGGAAGAUAACAAUUUUGGCGAGGAUUCGCACACAAAUUCUGGACCCAGGCUUAUGAGAAGACAAGAAUCCACAGUCUCGGAAGCCUUUUCAAUGAGCACUUCUUUCGCCGGUGACAGCGUGCUCGACACCCCUACUCCUUAUCCAACAACGAGAAAACGCAUCGAUGAAGUGAUUUCCCGGUCUCCUUCCCCUGAUUCCUUCAUGACCCCGGAUGACACGCGUCUCGGUUCACGUACAGUCUCUAUUGAAAUGGGAGUGUCAGACAACGAAUCUCGGGGAAUAGAAGCAAAUGCGUUAAUGGAAAAAUUGGCGUUGAGUUACGACGGUGGAAUGGAUGAUAUUGAGGACGAAGAAAUGCUAGAUCUCGAAACCCAAGUUGUCGAAGCAAUUAAUCCUCAGUUGAUCGAAAUCCAAUUGCCGGAUCCUAUUCAAUCAUUCGAUUCCAGUAAGGCCUUGCCCACAAGCAAUAGAGCUCCACCUUCUGCCUCGAGUUUUAUUCCUGUGGCACAUAAGAUACAAGUACAGAAGCCCAAAGACGAUGUAGUGGAUUGUGAAUGCGGGAUCCAAGAAGAGGAUGAGUGCUGCUCCUGCGAGGGUGGCUGUGACAAAUGGUAUCACAUCUGGUGUAUGGGCUAUCAUUCCGUCCAGGACCCUAGGCUUCCGGAACAAUUCAUCUGUUUCAAUUGUCGUCUCCGCGCAGACCCUUCUUGGGAGUUAAUCAAGGUGGAAUUGUAUUCGAGCUUGAUUAUAAAAUUCCGAGAACUAGCCUCCUUCAGGCGUGCUUUAAAGGUAGCAGAAAAACAUAGUCCAUUGACUGCGGUGGAAUUCGCUCAAGCUAUGGGAUGUGAAAAUACGCAGGCGCGUCAGCUCAUCAAGCGGUUAGAAACAGAAGGUUUCAUCGCGGAGGAAACUACCACCACGGAUGAGAUUGGAUUCGUGCAAACUCGUGCGAAGACUAUGAAAGGAAAGGGGAAGAGUGCUAAGCAAACUAAACCACGAAGAGGAUUGCAGAAGCAGAGGUUUGUGUUCAAUUUGAAGUCAGUGCGCUGCCAGGAAUACAAGGACUACUUCGAUCCAAGUCCCGAAGUGGAGAGUCGACUGCUCGGAAUACCUCAAACGAGAGCCAGUCUUAAAGCACGAAACACAACUGCACGUGACCCUUCUCGACCUGAACCUUUUCCCCAAACUCAAAGCGCCCAAUCCCAAACUCAAGAUGAUCCCGAAGAAACGUUUACCCUCAAGCGUCCCCCUGAAGUGAACACUGACGACAGCUUUAGGAGGAAGAAAAAAGUCAAGAUCUCUAUUACCCGCGGUGUCGAUCUGGCAGAGUAGACACCAAACAUGUUUCGCUAUGCUAUACUGUCUUGACUGCGUCGUUCCUUGCUCUGAUCUGUCAUGUUUUGCUACGUUUUCAGAUGACUCCAUUACAAGUUCUCGACAUACAUAGAUGUUUCUCUUCUUUCCGGAUACUGUGCUUGAAUGGCAUCUCGGUAUGCAGCUUCAUAUAUUGUUGAUUAGGCUACUGUAUGCAGGAAUUAAAUAUUAGAAGUUAUCAAAGG